AUGUCAACUCCCUCUCUCCGCCAAGUCAUCGGAAUCCCCAACUCAACAGCAUCGGUCAAGGAUUCCGUUCUUGUAAUUAUCGAUGCUCAGGACGAAUAUAUCCACGGUAGUCUGCCUGCUCAGGAUUACAAAGAGGUCAAUGUCGCGAUAUCCAGCCUCCUUGAUAAAUACCGAAAGCAAAAUGGCCACGUCGUCCACGUUCUGCACAACACAGGCUCCGACGAAGCACCCAUAUUCAAGCCCAACGGCAAGCUCACUAAAGAGAUGGACGGUGUCGAGGCCAUCGACGGCGAGGCCAUCGUAUGGAAGAAACAUGCCGGAUCAUUCUCGGAGACGGACCUAGGGGAGGUCGUUAAGAAGACUGGACUCAAGAAACUUGUACUUACGGGCUAUAUGGCGCAUGGUUGUGUGUCAAGUACCGCUCGCGAAGCGACCACAUUGGGGUACGAGACUCUUGUCGUUGAAGAUGGUGUUGGACAAAGGGACAUGAAGGAUAUUCCUGCUGCGCAGGUCAAGAAGGUUGCUUUGACGGAGAUUGAUGACAUGUUCGGAACUGUUGUGAAGAGCUCAGAGAUCAACUAG